UGUGGAGCGGGUCGGGCUGCUGGGGAGGCCCCGGCUCCCUCCGGACGCUCGGCCAACGGCGGCGGCUAGUCCGCGGCCCUGCUGAGAGGGAAAAGGACGCCGCGGUCUUCCCAGGCGUCGCGGAGAGCAGGUACAGGGUCUUGGCUGGGCACGGUGGCUCAUGCCUGUAAUCCCUGCAUUUUGGGAGGCUGAGGCAGGCGGAUCACCUGAAGUCAAGAGUUUGCGACCAGCCUGAUCAACAUGGAGAAACCUUGUCUCUACUAAAAAUACAAAAUUAGCUGGGCCUGGUGGCGCAUGCCUGUAAUCCCAGCUACUCGGGAGGCUGAGACAGGAGAAUCGCUUGAACCUGGGAGGCGGAGGUUGCGGUGAGCUGAGAUCGUGCCAUUGCACUCCAGCCUGGGCAACAAGAGUGAAACUCCAUCUCAGGAAAAAAAAAAAAAAAUCUCUGGCUGGGUGCCGUGGCUGACGCCUGUAAUCCCAGCACUUUGGGAGGCCGAGGCAGUUCCAAAGAACUACUGGUUCAGAUUUUAGCUCUUCCCAAGUUAUGAAAAUAGUGAAGGAUGCUUAGACUACUUAACAUACAAACUGCUUUCUGGUUAAUCAUCUUUAGAAGACUGGAUUUCUGGAUAUCUACUCCACUCCAUCUCUAUUGACUUUUAAAACAUGAUAAUGCAAACCUAUAACACUGGCAACCAUCAGUGAACCUUUAAUUUCAUUGAUUAAUAGCGUUUGAAGCUUCCUCAGGGAAUAACAAUGACAUCAGCAGUGGUUGACAGUGGAGGUACUAUUUUGGAGCUUUCCAGCAAUGGAGUAGAAAAUCAAGAGGAAAGUGAAAAGGUUUCUGAAUAUCCAGCAGUGAUUGUGGAGCCAGUUCCAAGUGCCAGAUUAGAGCAGGGCUAUGCAGCCCAGGUUCUGGUUUAUGAUGAUGAGACUUAUAUGAUGCAAGAUGUGGCAGAAGAACAAGAAGUUGAGACCGAGAAUGUGGAAACAGUGGAAGCAUCAGUUCAUAGCAGUAAUGCACACUGUACAGAUAAGACAAUUGAAGCUGCUGAAGCCCUGCUUCAUAUGGAAUCUCCUACCUGCUUGAGGGAUUCAAGAAGUCCUGUGGAAGUGUUUGUUCCUCCUUGUGUAUCAACUCCAGAAUUUAUCCAUGCUGCUAUGAGGCCAGAUGUCAUUACAGAAACUGUAGUGGAGGUGUCAACUGAAGAGUCUGAACCCAUGGAUACCUCUCCUAUUCCAACAUCACCAGAUAGCCAUGAACCAAUGAAAAAGAAAAAAGUUGGCCGUAAACCAAAGACCCAGCAAUCACCAAUUUCCAAUGGGUCUCCUGAGUUAGGUAUAAAGAAGAAACCAAGAGAAGGAAAAGGAAACACAACCUAUUUGUGGGAGUUUCUUUUAGAUCUACUUCAAGAUAAAAAUACUUGUCCCAGGUAUAUUAAAUGGACUCAGAGAGAAAAAGGCAUAUUCAAGCUGGUGGAUUCAAAGGCUGUCUCUAAGCUUUGGGGAAAGCAUAAGAACAAACCAGACAUGAACUAUGAAACCAUGGGACGAGCUUUGAGAUACUACUACCAAAGGGGAAUUCUUGCAAAGGUUGAAGGACAGAGGCUUGUAUAUCAGUUCAAGGAUAUGCCGAAAAACAUAGUGGUCAUAGAUGAUGACAAAAGUGAAACCUGUAAUGAAGAUUUAGCAGGAACUACUGAUGAAAAAUCAUUAGAACGAGUGUCACUGUCUGCAGAAAGUCUCCUGAAAGCAGCAUCCUCUGUUCGCAGUGGAAAAAAUUCAUCCCCUAUAAACUGCUCCAGAGCAGAGAAGGGUGUAGCUAGAGUUGUGAAUAUCACUUCCCCUGGGCACGAUGCUUCAUCCAGGUCUCCUACUACCACUGCAUCUGUGUCAGCAACAGCAGCUCCAAGGACAGUUCGUGUGGCAAUGCAGGUACCUGUUGUAAUGACAUCAUUGGGUCAGAAAAUUUCAACUGUGGCAGUUCAGUCAGUUAAUGCAGGUGCACCAUUAAUAACCAGCACUAGCCCAACAACAGCGACCUCUCCAAAGGUAGUCAUUCAGACAAUCCCUACUGUGAUGCCAGCUUCUACUGAAAAUGGAGACAAAAUCACCAUGCAGCCUGCCAAAAUUAUUACCAUCCCAGCUACACAGCUUGCACAGUGUCAACUGCAGACAAAGUCAAAUCUGACUGGAUCAGGAAGCAUUAACAUUGUUGGAACCCCAUUGGCUGUGAGAGCACUUACCCCUGUUUCAAUAGCCCAUGGUACACCUGUAAUGAGACUAUCAAUGCCUACUCAGCAGGCAUCUGGCCAGACUCCUCCUCGAGUUAUCAGUGCAGUCAUAAAGGGGCCAGAGGUUAAAUCGGAAGCAGUGGCAAAAAAGCAAGAACAUGAUGUGAAAACUUUGCAGCUAGUAGAAGAAAAACCAGCAGAUGGAAAUAAGACAGUGACCCACGUAGUGGUUGUCAGUGCGCCUUCAGCUAUUGCCCUUCCUGUAACUAUGAAAACAGAAGGACUAGUGACAUGUGAGAAAUAAAAUAGCAGCUCCACCAUGGACUUCAGGCUGUUAGUGGCAGUACUGACAUAAACAUUUGCAAGGGAAGUCAUCAAGAAAAGUUAAAGAAGACUUUAAAACAUUUUUAAUGCAUAUACGAAAACAAUCAGACUUACUGGAAAUAAAUUACCUAUCCCAUGUUUCAGUGGGAAAUGAACUACAUAUUGAGAUGCUGACAGAAAACUGCCUCUUACAGUAGGAAACAACUGAACCCAUCAAUAAGAAAAAGGAUUGAAAGGGACCAAGCAGCUCACUACGAUAUCAAGUUACACUAAGACUUGGAACACUAACAUUCUGUAAGAGGUUAUAUAGUUUUCAGUGGGAGGGGUUGGGAUGGGUAAUCUCAUUGUUACAUAUAGCAAUUUUUGAUGCAUUUUAUAUGCAUACCAGCAAUUAUUACUGUGUUCGCACAGUUCUCACUUAACUGGUGCUAUGUGAAGACUCUGCUAAUAUAGGUAUUUUAGAAUGUGAAUUGAAGAAUGGAUCCCAAAAACUUCAGAAAGAGGAUAGCAAAAAAAGAUCUAGUGCGAUUUUAUAUAUAUAUAUAUAUAUAUACACACAUACAUAUAUAUAUAUCAUAUAGCUUAAGCUGAUUUAAAACAAAGGCCUUAGACUAAUUUUCGAUUUUCUUUCUUGAAAUAAGCUAAUGGCUUGUUUGUGUAAAGCUUUUUUAUUAAAAGAAAAAUUUUAAAAAUCUUGUACCUAGCACAGUAUUGUUAUAGAAUAUACAUGUAAUAUUUUAUAUGGUAGUUUAAGUCUGUCAGUUUCUUAAUUGUGGACAAAUUAACAGUUGGCUCUGGCCUUUUGCUGUAACAUGCCUGUGUCACUCACUUAGCCUUGGCAUUUGUGCAGACAUACCAUUUUCAGUUCUGCUGUCACUUGGAAGUUCAGGCUCAGCAUGAAUUUUUGGCAGGUAGCUCUAAUACUUGGAGUUUUCUUUGUUUGUUUGUUUGUUUUUUUUAGUUGAAGUUUAUGAGGGAAAUACCAGUGUUCAGAUUUGAACUAUAAUAGUUUGUAUAUUCAACAUUUGAAGUAUAUUCUAUUUUGUUGUACUCUUGUUUCAAAGUGUAUUCAAGUAGGUUUUCUGAAAUAUAGAAAUGAAAUUUA